AUGAAAGGCGCAAGCAAGAUGGCACGCCCCAAGGCGAAACCCGCGAAGAAGGCCGCAACAAAGAAGGCCGCCCCCGCCAAAUCCUCGUGCAAGCGCAGCGCAGCCGCCAAGCCCGCCGCCUCGGCGCCUUCCACCGCCUCGAAGAAGGUGAAGAAGAUGGUCACCAAGAAGACUGUUGCCAAGAAGGCGGCUCCCAAGAAGGUCAGUGUGAAGAAAACCGCCACCAAGAAGGCGACCAAGGGCAAGGGCAAGAAAUAA